AUGAUGAAGAUUUCUCUGAAACCAGCUCUGGCUGUCAUUCUCUUCCUAGCUGGUCAGUCAGCAGGCAAGUCUGAGCAACAUCAGCAUGAACCUCGUGCUGCUCCGGCGGAAGUAGACGCGCCGGCCGGUACGUUCAAGGGACGAUCAUUCGGCUCCGUCGAUACUUUCUCUGGCAUCCCCUAUGCAAAACCGCCCACCGGACCGCUCCGGUUAAGACCGCCUCAGAGACUCAACUCCUCUUUGGGCAGUUUUGACGCGACAGGAACCGCGGCCGCAUGCCCUCAGUUUCUCUUAUCCACCGACAGCCGGAACAUUCUUAUUGAUGUUGUUGGCUCAUUUCUUACGCUCCCAUUCUUCCAGCCUAUUACCGGCCAAGAAGACUGCUUGACGGUGACUGUCCAGCGUCCUUCUGGCACACCGUCCGAUGCGAUGCUUCCAGUCUUGUUUUGGAUAUUUGGGGGUGGUUUCGAGUUCGGGUCGACAUCUACAUACAGCGGGGCAAGCUUUGUCCGUGAUGGUGCCGACAUGGACCGUCCCUUCAUCUUUGUUGCUGUCAAUUAUCGACUAGGAGGUUUCGGGUUCUUGCCUGGGCGUGAAAUCCUGCAGGAUGGCUCAGCCAACUUGGGACUAUUGGAUCAACGUCAGGCUCUAGAAUGGGUUGCCGAUAAUAUCGCUGCCUUUGGAGGUGAUCCUGAUAAGGUGACAAUUUGGGGGGAAUCAGCCGGUGCGAUAUCUGUUUUCGAUCAGAUGGCGCUGUAUGACGGUAACAACUCCUAUCAGGGUCGACGACUGUUUCGAGGGGCCAUCAUGAACUCUGGUAGCGUUAUCCCAGCUGAUCCAGUUGACUGCCCCAAAGGUCAGAAAGUCUACGAUGCUGUCGUAAAGGCAGCUGGUUGUCAAGGAACAGCAAGUACCUUGGAUUGCCUACGCAGUGUUGGUUAUGAGACAUACAUGCGCGCCGCAACGGCGGUGCCCGGCAUCCUUUCAUACGAAGCUCUUGCUCUGUCGUAUGUUCCUAGACCAGAUGGCACGGCACUGGUAGACAGCCCUGACAUGAUCGCAAAAGCAGGACGAUACGCUGCGGUGCCCAUGAUCAUCGGCAACCAAGAAGACGAGGGUACACUGUUCGCACUAUUCCAGCCUCUGGUGUUGACAGCGUCACAACUCGUCAACUACCUCUCAGAGCUCUACUUCCACAACGCCUCGACAGCGCAGUUGACUACCCUCGUCAAUACAUAUGACCACCGUAUCUCUGCAGGGAGUCCCUUUCGGACAGGGAUCUUCAAUGAAAUCGUUCCUGGCUUCAAGCGCAGAGCUGCCAUCCUUGGGGAUCUCGUCUUCACUCUAGCACGCCGCUCAUUUUUAUCUGUUGCUAAAGCAAAGCACCCGGAAGUCCCAGCUUGGUCGUAUUUGAGUAGCUACAACCACGGAACUCCCGUGCUUGCUUUGCACGACAAAGCACCCGGACUUACUAUCUCAACUUCCUUUACAACCUGGAUCCUAAUUUCGGAUUGGGCGGUUAUGCGCAAUGGCCGGAAUGGAGUCAGGAUCAGCAACUACUUUGGUUUCUGA